AUGCAAAUUCUUGACCUUUUUUUCUAUAAAGGUGUGCAUGCAAAGUCAAGCACGUCGUGUUCAGUUAAUUUGCUUGGAAGCCUUCUAUUUAGAAAAAAGCUACACCUAAAACGCGUUGUUGGGUAGUUAAAUCUAAGGCCAAACUCAAGAUAAACCACAUUCCCAUCUCAACAAAAAUUCCUCAAAAACACUUCUUCAUGCUCACCAGGUGUUUGUAAGAAUGACUCCUCCAACGUUUUGGCUGGUUAAUGACGGGAAGGGCAGUGUCACCUUCGACCAAGUUCCGCCAAGUGACACAAACUCAUUCACUGACACCUUUGAUUCAUCUGUAAAAUGGGCAACAACAGCUUCUAUUAGUAAUUUACUCCAACCCAAUAAAUUAUUUGCUUAAUUCUCUUUAAUUGUUAAAAGUUCUUUUUUUGUUUUUUGGGUGAGUGAGUUUUAGCAAUUGUGACCUGGGCAUUAAGGGCUUGAGUCAUGAAAAUAAUCGCUCUUUGCAUUCUGUGUUAAGGCUGCAUAGACCUCGCAGUGGCGGGAGUCUCUGCCAAUUUUUUGUUAAACUUUUCGUUUUGCUGAUCUUAAUAUUCAACUUCCAGUUUCUGGUGUGGUGAUGACCGUUGCAAUUGUUGCCAUUGUACUUGCAAUAAUUGAUUGCUUGAAGAAAGCAGGAAGCGCAAUUCCAACGUACGCCCGGAUAGCCACCAGUGACAACGAUAAAGUUUCAAAUUCACCUCCUACAAGCAGCAGCUUAGCGGUGGAUAUACCACCAAAUUUCCCAGUGAUUCGAGACUCAGAGGUCCGAGGAGCUACCAUGGAGAGAUUCCUCAGCAAGAUGGCCAGAGAGAAACCCAUAAGGUUUUCACCUCAGCAGCUUCAAGAAUUCACUCAAAACUUUUCCACUGUAUUGGGUUCUGGUGCUUUUGGAGUAGUGUUUAAAGGAGAGUUCCCUGAUGGAGUACAAGUUGCUGUCAAAGUCCUUACCAACAACCCGGAUAAGAGAAUUGAAGAACAGUUCAUGGCUGAAGUCAGCACCAUCGGAAGAACUUAUCAUAUGAAUUUGGUAAGACUUUAUGGUUUCUGUUUCGAUCCCACAAUCAGAGCACUUGUUUAUGAGUUCAUGGAAAAGGGAUCACUUGAUAGAUUAUUGUUCAGCAAAAACUCGGAAAUUGAGUGGCAGAAGCUGAAUGAGAUUGCCAUUGGAACAGCUAAAGGAAUAGCAUACUUACAUGAAGAAUGCCAACAGAGAAUAAUUCACUAUGAUAUAAAGCCUGAGAAUGUUCUUCUUGAUCGAAACUUCAAUGCAAAGGUUGCAGAUUUUGGACUAGCCAAGCUCUGCAAUCGAGAAAGCAGUCAAGUAAUCAUGACUGGCCUCAGAGGAACUCCAGGUUAUGCCGCCCCUGAGCUGUGGAAGCCAUAUCCUGUUACUUGCAAGUGUGACAUAUACAGCUAUGGUAUGCUGUUAUUUGAGAUCGUGGGACGGAGGAGAAACCUUGAUGCUAACUUAAGCGAGACUCGAGAAUGGCUUCCCAGAUGGACGUGGGAAAUGGUUGAGAAGGAUGAAUUAGCCGAGAUGCUGAAGCUUUGCGGUAUCGAGGAGGGGAGAGAAAGAGAGAAGGCAGAGAGAAUGUCAAUGGUGGCUCUUUGGUGUAUUCAGUACCAGCCAGAAGCAAGGCCAACUAUGAGCACUGUGGUGAAGAUGUUGGAAGGAGAAACUGAAAUCGCUCCACCUCCAUAUCCAUUUCAGCGUUUUGAAUCUUUUGGACAAAAUGGAUUGGACAGUGGAAGCAAUGAAAACUCAGAUCUUUCACCAACAACAAGAAGAACUUCUGAAGAACCAUCAUAUUCCAACACUAUAGAGGGAACAUUAGAGAUAGAAUUAGCUACUUAGUUCCCCAUACAUUUUUGGAUUAAUUAAUUUAUGUUUGUAUGUUCUAUCUAAAUUGUAUUGUUUUUCUUUUUGUGGGCAAAA